CCUGUAAAGUAUAUAACCGAUUAGGCAAUUUACUAGUCUGAUUGUCUAAACGUCAUUGCAUUAUUCGCGAUGCACCCGAAGCGAUUUAUUAUUUAAUGCAUCGCGUGCAAUGAUCUCUUGCAAUUGGAGGCGUUUUCAAUUCGAUAUAAUGCGUUUGUGUCGAUCUCAAAGGAAAACGUUAAGAAGCGUAAAAUAACCGGCGAGUUAUUUCAAUUUCUUCGGGUUCGCGACUAACCUAUAAAUACUCUUAAAAUAUCAUUAUACGAUAUUGACAAUAUAUUGCUCUUAGAACGAAUAAAAAUCAUGAUACCCUUGGUCAGUAUUUUUUUUUCUUGCAAUUUUACAUCGGCUAAAUCGAGUGUGAUAAAUGGAGUGUGACCUUCGGAGCGUUCCGGUAUUAUAGGUUAACGACUAUUAAAAAACGUUAAUUGACCGUUUACAAACUAUCAUUAUCUUGGACAUUUUAUAAAUCACUAUGUAAUACGUAAAUGUGAAAUCAAAGUCAUUGUCACUAAUGUAACGAUUCAUAUUUUGUCAUGUGUUACGCGAUUGUUCAGCCCACCGAGAUGUACGUUCUUUUAAUUAAUCUCGAGGAUUUCCUUUGCAUAAGCAGUAAGAUACCUUUGGCAAUGGGAGUAUAUUCGUUUCAAUGUAAUUGUUUAAAUAUAUGAAAAUAACACUGCAGAUACAAGCAAUAUGUUGUAAACUAUUUGUAAUCAAGUCCAAGGAUAUGGCAUUUAACAAAUAAUGUUUGGAACUUAUACGUAUGAUCGUAUAACUUGAUUGCAUUAAACAUGCAAGCCAAGAAACGUUAUUUACUAUUAUUUGUGACAUGCGCGUUUCUUGGUUACUGUUAUUUCGGUGGUUAUCGCUUAAAAAGUGAAAAAUGGACAGGCAGAUCUCGGUUGCCUUACGAGCAAUUGCCUUCGUAUUUAAGUCUGAAUGAAGAAUUCUACGACAAAGAUUUGAGAAUAUCAAAUAGAAACUUACCUGUAUCGCAACGUGCAAGGAAGUGCCGUAUGGAAACUUGCUUCGAUUUCACAAAGUGCAAGCAAGGUUUUACAGUUUAUGUGUAUCCAAUUGAAGAUAUUAUAAGUCCAUUAUACCAAAAAAUACUAAAUGUUAUAACAGAGUCAAGAUAUUAUACAUCUGAUCCAACAAGAGCGUGUAUAUUUGUUCUGGCCUUGGACACAUUAGAUAGGGAUCCAUUAUCAAGUGAAUUUGUGCAUAAUCUUCCUUCCAAACUAUUACGUUUACAAUAUUGGAAUAAUGGAAGGAAUCAUUUAAUAUUCAAUUUGUAUUCUGGUACAUGGCCAGAUUAUGCAGAGGAAUCUCUUGCAUUUGAUUUAGGAUACGCUAUGCUUGCUAAAGCAAGUAUGUCCAUAUUUAGACUUAGACCAAAUUUUGAUGUAUCUAUACCGCUAUUUGGAAAACAACACCCUGAACGUGGUGGGGAACCUGGUCAAGCAUUAGAAAAUAAUUUUCCUAGUAAUAAAAAAUAUGUGGCAGCUUUUAAGGGUAAAAGAUAUGUACAUGGUAUUGGCUCGGAAACUAGAAAUGCUCUUUACCAUUUACAUAAUGGUAAAGAUUUGGUAUUUGUAACGACUUGUCGUCAUGGUAAAGCUUGGAGAGAAUUACAAGAUGAACACUGUCAACAAGAUAAUCAAGAAUAUGAUACAUACGAUUAUGAGAUUUUAUUAAUGAACUCUACAUUUUGUCUUGUCCCACGUGGACGAAGGCUCGGUAGCUUCCGAUUUUUAGAGGCUUUAAGAGCAGGUUGUAUACCAGUUAUUUUAAGUAAUGGAUGGGCAUUGCCUUUUCAUGAACGUAUAGAUUGGACUCAGGCUGUUAUAUUUUCCGACGAACGAUUGUUGCUUCAAAUUCCAGAUAUAGUACGUUCUGUAUCGAAUAUGCAGAUUCUUAAGUUACGACAGCAAACACAAUUUUUAUGGGAGCGAUAUUUUUCAUCUAUAGAAAAGAUUAUAUUUACGGUAUUCGAGAAUAUUCGUGAACGUUUACCAUGGGAAGGCACAAGAGAAGGGAUUAUUUGGAAUACUAGUCCUGGAGCUCUAGCAAUAUUACCACAAUUUGCAGAUAGUCAACAAGAACUUCCAUUCUCAAACAGCAAUCCUGGUAAUACUUUCACUGCCAUCAUAUAUUCUCAAUUGGGAUCUACUGCUGUUCUUUAUCGUCUGCUUAAAAGUCUCGCGAAAAGUAAAUACUUAGAUAAGAUUAUUCUAAUGUGGAAUUCGGACAUUCCACUUCCAAGAAGACCACGUUGGCAAGGGAUCAAAGCAUCAAUAAGUAUAGUUUCUGUGGAUGGUAUAUCCCAACGUUUUUAUCCGCAUCCAUUAAUCAAAACCAGUGCCAUAUUGUCGCUAGAUGAAGAUGCCACUCUGAAUACUGACGAAAUAGAUUUUGCUUUUAUGGUUUGGCGUUCAUUUCCCGAUCGAAUAAUAGGCUAUCCAGCAAGAUCACAUUAUUGGGAUGAUUCAAAGCGAUCAUGGGGUUAUACGAGUAAAUGGACAAACGAUUACAGUAUCAUUCUAACUGGUGCUGCUUUUUAUCAUCGUUAUUAUAACACAUUGUAUACUGAAUUAUUAAGUUCGACUCUCCAUAAGACCGUGGAACAGUCGCAGAAUUGCGAAGAUAUUUUAAUGAAUUUCUUGGUGAGUCAUGUUACUCGAAGACCACCUAUCAAAGUAACUCAAAGGAAAUUGUAUAAAGAUACUAUGGUUGCUGGAAUUAGAUCACCGUGGAACGAUCCUGAUCAUUUUAUACAACGGCAAACGUGCAUGAAUACAUUCGUAGCUGUUUUUGGAUAUAUGCCAUUAUUACGAUCCAACAUGAGACUUGAUCCAGUCCUGUUCAAAGAUUCUGUAAGCAACAUGCGUAAGAAGUAUAGACAAAUUGAAUUAGUUAGUAAUUAGAAUUAUAUACGAGAUUCGAUUAAUUAUGUAAUUAUUUCAUUCUUAUAAUAUGCGUCGAGAAAGUAUUAUAAUAUUGCAGCCAGGAAUCAAUCGCAAUGCAAUGUUUAGCAAUAACAUUCGAUCAAAACAGGGCAUCAAUCGAUCGUUCCUUAUUCAGAAUCUGUUUAAAAAAAAAAGAACCCAUUUUCCUGCUAUUGCAAAUAAGAAGCCAUUAAUUAUAUCCGUGAACAUACAGGGAAAAUUUAAAAAAAUCAUCAUAAGUCUUUGUGUUACAUAUCUAUGUGUUGUGUUGGGCAAACAAUCAAAUAACGUUUUCAUUCUUUUUAGAAUGAAAAAACGUUACGUUGUGAUUUGUCUUCUUUUCUUUUUUUUUUUUUUUUAAAAAAAAAGAACACAUUUUUAAAUGAAUUCAAUAUUCCGUAAUGAUACAGUGUUAAUAUUCGAUCUGGUGGUGGGAUAUCUCGUCCUACUGCAAUACUGCACUUUUUUUUAUGUACAUAUAACAUAUAUAAGUCGUAUCGUAAUCGUUAAUAAACAAACGAUCUGUCUAAUAUUUUUAUUCUUGAACAAGAAAAACAAGAAAAAGAAACCAGUCUUCGAGAUCAAUAGAAAUACUCGAUUAUCUUAAUAUUGUUUAAAAAGCUUUGUUUCGAAAAUAAUGAAAGAAAAGAAAAGUGUGAGGUAUUUAUCAACGAUUCUUGAUCUAUCAAUCUCGUUUAAGUUGUGAAUUUUACGAUUGGUGGUAUAAUACAUUGAGAAAUAAAAAUAUUAAUCGUACAAUUAGAGUAUACGAAAGGAAAAUGAUUUGUAUUUUGUACAUUAUUAAUUGUAAUACAAUAUAUAAAUCUUUUUCUUUUCGCAUACUAACUGUACGAAUAAUUUUUUUUAUACUUCAACUGUAUAUGCACGUCGUUAUUAAAAAAAAACGUUAACAGUAUUUAAUCACAUUUAAAAGAGCAUGGAAUUUAUUUAUAAUUUUUCUGUUAACGAUUAAAAUGAAAAACAACGCUUUUCUUUCCUUUUAUAUAUAUAUAUAUUAGUUUGUUAUAUGAAUGUAUAUGUCGAGCUGGUUUGUUUCUACGAUACUCUUACAAAAACUUUUCAAUGUGCGAUCAUCGUUGUUUUUUUACGUUUAAUCGUAUAUUUCUAAUUAUACUUAACAACAAAAAUAAUGGAAAAGAAAAAAAAGCAGCGAAGAAGAAAUUCACAGGACAAUUUCGAAAAUGAUAUUUGGUAAUAAUGUUUGCAAUCACGUCUAGUCGUUUAAACACCCGAUUCAAUCAAUCAACGAGAGAACAAAAAGGGGAACGGUAUAUAAUUAUGUGGUACAAUAAAUAAUAAAAGAUCAUUGAUCAAAACAAUUGAAGAAUUUUGUACAGUUUGCUGGGAAAAAUGGAAUCGGAUUUCUACAAGAUGUGUUCAUGAUUAUCGCGCGUGAUAUAUCGAUAUAUUAUACAAACUUGGUUUCUUUAAGUAGGAUUUUCUAUGUAAACUGUUACCCGUAACAAAAAUAAUAUUAGUGCUUUUAUAUGGUUGAAAGAAAUAAACUUUUUUUACAUGGAAAAAUA